GUCUAACGUGGUGCAGUGGCUCAUUGGGCGUCGGGACGCCGUCGCGACGCGGUCUCGGCUCGGGUAACACGCACGCACGGGAAGACGCGCGCGCCAAGUGACGCGACACGAGGACCGCAAUCAGUGCGCCGUCAUCUUCGAGGACGAAUACGAUCGCGCGCGGUCGUCCUUCACGCUCCAUUUCGAUAUUACGCGCUCGCGUUGACACACGGUCGCACGUUACGGGCGAGUCCUGAUUCCGUGACCGAGCUUCCUACGAUUCAGUGCGAGGUUCUUCGGUUUCUAGUUUAUUUCGAGUUGUUCGUGUAUUCGAGCUUGUGAUCGAUCGGCGAUUGUUUCGCGAACGGAGAGGUUCCUCCGUCGGCCUGCCUCUAGCAAAAGUUCGUUUCAAGAGUUCCGACGAUUUCGUGAAGCCACGGGAUCAGUGUAGAAUCAAGUCGUUUGAAGUGUGCGUCGCGGUUCGUCGGGGAUAAAAGGAAGAUAGGAGUCAGAAUACCUGCGUGACGUGGCGACGGCCACGACCGGUGUUCCGAUUGAUCGGAUCGUGUCGAAGGUGGAGGAGACGUCGCACGAUGAGAAGACGGACGACGAGAGGAUGUCGCGCGGAGGCCGCGGGAUUCGUCUUUGUCGUCCGGGUGUUCGACCGGUGGUGGCCCUCGGGACAGUCGGAAAAACCGGUGAGAAGCGACGAGUCGCUGAGGGGCUGAAGGGCAGACCGGCGAUGCCGUUGUGUCAUGAUCUAAUGGGACGAGUCAUGUCACGUGUCGUCGGGACGUUGCUCGCGCGCUCGACGCUGGUGACGAGCAUCGCCGCGGCGCUCGUCGUCCUCUUCUGCUGCUGCAGGUGUACCCGCGCCAGCGAGUUCCCCGAAAGGGAGUGCUGCGACCUGAUAUUUCCCAUCCCGGAACCGACCGGAAAAUCCACAUCGGCGCCGACACCAACGGGGAGAAGCGGAUCCGACAUCAAAGUCCCGGUCUCCAUACUGAACUGUCUUUACGCGCGACAACUGUGUUUCGAGGAUCCAUCCUGCAGCGCCAUUCUGGAAAUUAUACCGAGGGUCUGCGGCCCGGAACUGGUGGCUUGUUCGACGGUGACAGUGACAAAGUGUCAAGCGGCGCUGCACACUCUACAAGCUUUCCCUUUCUUCCGGCCCAUGUGCCUCUGUAAAGAGCCGCACGUAGAUCCGGAUUGCAACAGUUUCCAGAACUUCCUCUUCGACCACCCCUGCAUCUACGUCUCGAAGAAAGAGAACGAUCCGUACCCGAUCGAUGCGCUGCCUACCUGCAAUCACGCUCUGAGCGUCUGUUCGCACAGCAAACCGUGCAGUCAGAUUUAUGAGGACUUCAAAAGCAACUGCAAGGCGCGAGAGGGCAAGUGCAGGAUGGAGAGCCGAAACGCCUGUCAUGACUCCUGGACCCAGCUGCGAUUAUCACCGAUGUUCGGGUGCAUCUGUCCGAACAACCACAUGAAGAAGCGAUGCGACAGGAUCUUCUCGUUGGUGAAUCACAAUCCGUGCGUUGAGUUCCUGCCCUCCUCCACCUCCGUAGACCUGUCGGGCACGGAUUCAGCCCUGUACCCGUUCGACCCGCAGCAGGAGAGCUACCAGGAGAUCUGGUUACCGCCGACCAGUAUGUACCCCUAUUUUCUGUUCCCCGGGCCCGCGCGCACCUCGUACUACGACCACGAGAGCACGUACCACGUCCAGGAAGCGGGACAGGGACAGGGAGAGGGACAGGGGCAGCAGCACGGGCAUCGUCAUCAGCACGGCCGUCAUCAAGAAGCACCGGAGUUGCCUGGCAGGCCCGGUGUCCUCGUGGUCGAGUCGUACGAUCAUCCUCGUGCCGAUCACGAGGACCGGCAGGAGAAAGAUGAAACGGAGGGACCUGCCAGCUUCUAUGACCGCGGCUCUUCUUCGUCUUCCUCUUCUUCAUCUUCUUCUUCUUCCUCUUCUUCUUCGUCUUCGUCUUCUUCUUCCUCUUCUUCUUCCACGUUGUCCAAGCAUGAUCGUGCCUCCAGCACAGUGCACCUGCAGCCAAGGCACUCCCAAAGCGAGCAUGACGCGCACCCGCACCAUCAUCACCAUCACCAGCACCACCAGCACCACCCCGCACCACCACCACAACCACCUGCACCACCGUCCGUCGCGACGUCGUCGUCGUCAUCGUCUUCUUCGUCGUCCUCGUCGUCGUCUUCGUUGUCAUCGUCGUCGUCGUCGAAGUCGAGUUAUCCGCCGGCGGCGGCGGCUCGUCCAACGCCUACUGUGGACGAGACGAAACGCGUCGAGAGGCCUAACCUGGUGCAGCCGAAGAAGUUCGCACCGAGGCCCACCUAUGAGCACCGGGCGAUCUUCGAUCGCGCCGACGACGACCUCGAUGACCUCGAGUUCAGGAUCGGCGCGCUGCCAGUCGACCGGCUCUUCGAUCUCCGCGAGGCCUUCGAAGGGUUCGUCGACCAAGUGAAGGUCAUCUCGCAUCCGGACAAUUCCACCAGUUUCGAGUUGAUCGAGUCGCAGCUGGAGAACCCGUUGAUCGACGCCGAUCAUCGCGAUUUGGCGGCCAUCAGACAGAUUCCGAUUCCCGGUGGUCACCACCAUAAGACGCACCAUAAGAGGAAUCAGACGGACGAUCACGAUCAAACAUCCGCCACGUCGGAUCUGGACAAGAUCCAACAGCCGGUGAAGAUCGUGCUCUCCAGCACCUGUCAUCAUGCAUACACCGCUUGCAAAAACGAUCCAGAAUGCAAGGUGUUGCUGGAACCGGUGCUGAACCACUGCGACGCGGCGAGCUGCGCGCGUAACGAGUGCAUGGAGGCAUUGCAGAAUUUUUACAAGUCCGCGAACCACAAGCACUCCGUCGAGAUCGCGUUCUGUUUAUGCAGGAAAACGGUUGGGAAGAAGGACGAGUGCAUAAUAGCGCAAGAGAAGAUGCACCCCGCUUGCGCGCAGCGCGUCGAGGGCGCAGAAAUACCGGCCUGUCACACGUUGGCCGCAGCCUGCAAGAAGAACGCCACUUGCAAAAUGAAGUUGGAGUACUACGAGCAGAGUUGCGCGGUGGACAGCGUGACGAAGAAGUGCGCCGGUCCCACCACGGAAUGCAGGAAAGCGAUGUUGGGUAUUCUGGGCACGGAGCUUAGGUCGAAUUGUGCCUGCAGGGGCACCGAGCUCACGCAAGUUUACGAUUGCCUCGGCUGGCAGAGACUUCUCUGGGUGAACCCUUGCGUGGUGGAGUCGCAGAAGGAUUAUCACGCGAGGAGGAAACAUCAUCACUACCCGAGAACGACGACAACGACCGUCUCGUCGACGACGAAGUCACCGACGGACGGGACGACGACGACGACGACCGUCACCGUGCUCGAACAAGUGGAGGAUAAUCAGAUACCGGAAGUAACGAGGCGGCCAACCACCGAACCCACGGAAACUUUGGAAAUCACCACUGCGACCACGACCACCUCGACUACCACUCCGGCUACCACCAUAAGUACCACGCCAAGUACUACCACUACCCCUACAGCACCGCCUCGCUUCUGCGAGGUUCAAAGGCCGAGGCAAAGUCACCAAUACAUAAGAGAAGGCAAAGGCAUGAGGCUGUAUCGGGACGACGAGCCGGAGUGCUCGGAGCUGUGCCAGUGCGGCGAGGGCGAGGUUUUGAUCUGUCACACGAUCUGCGUGGACUCGUCGCCGUGCAAGACGGAUUUCGCAUUUUACUAUCACGAGGCGCCGGCGUAUCAGGCGCAUCGCGGACCCUGCCUCUGCUACAGCGGCCGUUUCAUAUGCAUGCGACCUUCACCCGAUGCUUACUCUAUACCGCACGGAGUUUUCAUGUUCCUGGGCUACAGCGAAAAGGACGAGAGUUACCUGCGGCAGCACAACAAUCUCACCGUUCUGGACGCGGUAUCGUCCCUCGAUAGCUUCAUGAGAGAGGAAGUUAAUAAUCAGACAGUGUGCACGCUGUUCCUGUACAACGCGACCCGAGAAAAUGUGAUUGCAGUGGCGCGUCUCGGGACUGACAAUCCACCCUUAAAUAGCAGCCAAGCUCAAAGUCUGCAGCAUCUUCUGCGCGUCAAGGAGGAGUGCGCCGCGAUGCUGCAAGAUCUGAGCGACAAGAUCAACAACAAGCACCACGAGGUGCACACGCAUCCGCUGCUGUCGAUCUUCAAAAUGGCCGAGGUCGAGGUGAAACUGCCGUACAGCAACGGCGCCGAUCGCACUGCGAGGUCACCGGGUCUCCUCUUAGCCGCAGUCAUCGUCGUUCUGGUGCUCAGCCCACUUCGAUCGCCGGUGUCGUCCUGUCCGCUUGCCUCGUGACAUGAACAGCGACGAGCCAGCCAUCGUCGAGACUAUUGAAAUUUUCUCGAACACACGCCUAGGCAAGAAACGCCAGAGCUGCGCGAACACGUCCCGAGAAGAACGCAGAGGAACACGGGGGACGUCGGUCGCGCGAAGACUACCGGCCACGAGAAUGGCCGUUUCUUCUGAUCAUCAACGAACGUCGAACUCGCAGUUAAAUACUGAACGGGGCUCUAAUCUUUCGUGCCUCGUGGAUCGAAGAACGAGUAGAGAGAAUUUUCCUGACUUGUCACCGCCAUCGAGGAUCGUGUGUUCACCCAUUGACCAUUUUUCUCGAUCAUUCAGGUUUGACGUUUAUCUUAUUUUCGUUUCAAUCCCCGCGCUCGUUUUAUGUCCAUCGCCCCUGUCAAGACGUCUAAUGGAAGUAUGUAUAAACUAAUAUUGACUCUGCACUCGAUUCGAAGUUGUUUCGUAUCGUCAUUUCCAGUACGAUUGAAAUGACCUACGAGUGCAGAGGGUCAAUCAAAUUAAAUAAUUUCGGUAAUAAAACAUGAAUGUUUUCUAAACAAAACAAAUACUAACAAUAAGGCGGUGAUUACACGUUUAUACGAUACGCGCUAUUUAGUAAUGAUAAUGGAGUAGAUAAGUACGAGAAUUAGAGGACAUGGUAGGCACAAAAUAAUGCGGUAGAGUUAAUUAAUUUCUCCUAUCGAUAUCGUUUAAUUAUGAACGUUUUUAAUAUGGACCGUUCCAUGGCGACGCGUCCUCUCGUAACUAGAUUCGAUUUCGAGGGCUGAAACUUUUAUUGCGAUACCGACGAAACGUAACGCGGUCCCUUGUGUGUGGCCAAUAAUAAAAAGGGAUCCCAUAUGCGGGAAAUGGGCGUAGAUCCAAACACGGGUGGCACACGGUCGCUGCUGGAUCAGCGACGAUAUUGCCAUAUCCGAGGACCAUGAUCCUCGGUCAUUAGAAUCGCUCGAGACAUUUUCUAUCAUGCCCAAGCCGUAACUAUAAAACCGUGUAUCGGUAAAAAUGCACGUCAAACGCCGAGCACAGCCCUCGAGCCUCGUGUUCCGUUCCGGUCUUUUGCAUAUUUUCGAUUACAUCUGCUUUGCAACGGGGCACACGUACCGGGAAUUUUUCGUUAACCCCCCCCCCCCUCUUCGCUUCUCCCUUUUACGGUAAAUUACUUUUUACUUUUCGCGACAACGAAGAGACCGUAACAGUGAUUUGAAAAGUUGUAUUUCCUCGAUGGCGCGUGACGAGGCGACGCGUGUAUAAAGGAAGCACAGUAGAGUCUGUAAAUGACAAGCGCUAAUUUAUCGUGUAAUUAAAAUAAGCUAGCGAGAAAUAAAAAAGAAACGCGAACGCUCCUCCUGUAUCGGACCAUUAGGUGUUUGUUAACGUUGUUCAGAGUGAAAUCUAACCGGCCGUUUGAGAUGGCAUAUCUAACGGGUGGCGAACUCGAAUGUGUAGAUAACUGUAGAUUGUUAAAUAGAAGCCAAAACGUAAUAGAACUGAAUGAAGAUGAGACGAAUGUACGAACCGUUAUUGGAUAAGUAAAAAAAUCAGCUGUCUCUCAUUUCCGAGCCACGAAUUAUAGUCUUGUUGUGUCUUCAUCAUCUUUAAAUAGAAAACUCUGUAAAUUAUGUGAGUAUAAUUUACGACUCGAACAUAAAUCGUUGGUUCGAAUCUCAAAUUAUAGUUUCACCAUUGCUAUACUUACCGUUUCUUCACUUUUUUUAAACAAAAAUCUCAGUAAGUUAUGUGAACGUAGUUUAGGAUUCGAGGACAACCCGUUGAAAAAUUGAAAGACGAUUCAUUUAAUAGCGUGGUGAGACGAUCUCGUUGAUGACAGAUGGCAAAUGUAGUAGCUGGGGAUGUGCCGGCAGUAAUUCGACCGUUUCGGAAGCGACACGCGCGUACUACGGACCUGAGAGACAGCUGGUGGUUUAAAGCGGUCGAUUUGUCAGCGUGGCGUAGAGAAAGAAGCGAAAAAACCGAGGGAAACUUCUAAAAGAUCGUUCCUCCGGUGAACGCGUGACGUUUACAAACGACGCGGAAUUACGCGACCUCAAAUUAUUCAAAAUGCCACGUUCCGCUCGCGCGAUUAUGAUCUUAGCGACGACGACGCCUGGCCGCUGCUCGAUCGCUUUACAAACAGGGCGUUCGUUUUUCGAAAUUAGAAAGACGAUUUAAAAAUACUCUUAUAAUAAUCGGCAAUUCUUAGAGUUUCGAAAUCAGCAGAUUUACAGAAUUCUUAGAUGAAAUAAAAGGAGACUGCUCCGAAAUGAAAUAAGAGAAGACUCGAAAAUGACCGUAGAAUUUCAGGAUUUCAUUUAGUCAGAGUUUAAACGAGACUGCCAUUUCUCGUGUCUGACGCGUACAUGGAGAAAACGAGAGGUUGACAAGCGGCACAGGAGGCGCCGACGAGCAAGCUUUCCAGGGGAGGGAAACAAAAAUAUCUGGCGAUCCGGGAACGACGACAGAAUUCGUCAAUUUAGCACAAUUAAUUAUGCGCGCCCAUUCGCGCACUAGUCCGUGUAAAAAGGGAAGUUUGAAGAUGCUCGGAUAGAAGGACUCCGGCUCGCGUUCGUUCCGUCCCAAUCGCGGAUUGCGUACGUGACAUACGUCACAUUUUAAACUGGGAGAGCAAUUCCAUUUUAUCCGAAACAAUUAUUAUAAACGGCAGUUCGUGGUCUGCUCCGAACGGAUCGAACCUUAGAACUAAAAGUGAAGAGAGAGAGAGAGAGAGAGAGAGAGAGAAGGAGAGAUUCGUUGCGAUUAGUUGAAUUUCGACAGGGGAAACGGGAGGAACGUGAGCCAGAUCGAACGUACGUGACGUGGUUGUCGGCAAAGCAAUAAUGUAUAAAGUUUACGAUCCACAAGCACGUCGCUCAAAAGAGGGAUUGGUAGCGAGCGAGCGAAGGGGUUAUACGUAUACAUAUAACCAGGGCGAAAUGUUUUAAUGUCGCGUUGCACGUGAAACGCACGCUCGUAGGCAAAGACCGUGUUAUUAAAAUUUAUCGCGUACGCGCGUGUUAAUUCGCGUCGGAGGACUUCGAACGGCACGCUUCUACUUCGACCGAGAUAAUAAUUCCUCGUGUCCAAACGGUUUGAAGAAUCUAAUCAGGCGGAAACGAAUACAUAUGCGUUUCUUACCAUUCGCGAAUCACGGAACGCCUUUUAGUCUCGAUGGUUGACAGACCUAUCGAAGCACCUGUCACUUCGAUCAGGAAAUAUACUAAACUUCUUAAACGUAUGCACAAAGUUUCGUUAACACGUCUAUGCCGCGGCACAAGACACCGAAAUUGCAUCGAACACGCACAUAUCUUGUGAUUCUUUUAACGUUUCACGUCCCACGCGUGUACAUACUAUGACUCAUUCAUUUGUGAUUAAAUGAUUCACGUGCUGAAGCUGCUUCAUUGACUGGCACGCAAUUAUAAUAGUGAAUGUGACGUUCGUACGCACAAUGAAUUAAUAAUAGUUUAUCAUUUACGAUACUUUUGGUAGCGUAAUCGAAAAUUGAUUUAAGGUGUACGAAUUGUUGGAGAGCUAUUUAACAAUGGCCUAACUCGUAUUCUUUUACAUAUCGUCACUUGUACAUAAAUGUUAAGCGCAAUCAUUCCGUGGUUCGUGAAUAUAACGAAUAAGUGAAACGAGAUUCGAAUGCCGGUCGUUUAAGCGCAGCAGAGAGAACGGAGAAUGAGAGAGAGAGAGAGAGAGAGAGAGAGAGAGAUACGUUGAGUUUCUUCCAAUGAGUUAAGUCGCUCGCGGGUCUUUGCAUGACUGUCUGAUUUCACUUGCCAACUGUUCACUGUCGAAACCCGACGCUUAAACAUAUCCGUAUACAAAUGUUACUUGUUCUAUCGAAACACUUUGUACAAGUGGUACCACACUAGCAUAUUUCGUUCGGGAAAGCUUCGAAAGCUCUCGUCUAAUUUGAGAAACGCCAAGCGUACGAAAAGAAGAUGACGGCAAGAUGUAAUUGUUAAAAGCGUAUCGUUGCGUCGUCUCUGGUACGUCGACGACGAAAAACAGUGUAAAAAAAAAAAAAAAACACGGUGGUUCCAAUCGAACAUAUCAAGGCCUGUUAGAAGUGGCCAGCCAAUAUAAGCGGUUUUACUCUGGGUUCUUGUAGCUUCAAUUUUUUCGAUGCUUUUUUCAGACCUAUAGAAAGACGGUCCGUUUGCGUUCCGUUGCCAUCGUUCCAGUGAUGUCCCAUGGAAGAAAACACGGUAAACGAUAAUUUAUACGAGGAAUGUCAUUACUCUGAGAAAUUAAUAACAUUUCACAGAUUCCUUCUUCUGUUCGUUCAAUCAGAAAUUUAAAGAAAGAAAUAAAGAAGAACAGAUUCGCAGUUCUCGUACCGGCCGAGUCGCGAAGCUUCCCCUAGAUCGUGCGGCCUAGUGGAAAGCUCCGCGUGCAGGGAACACCCGAACGUGGCAACGCGGCAACGGCACAUCGACACCGACCGGACCGUUACCGUUUUUAAACGACCGAACUUACAAUUAGAUGAUCGCAGGAACGCAUACAGCACCGCGAAAACGAGAAACGAACGAUCGCACACAAACGUGGCGGGGGUCAGAAAUCGAUAUUCCAUUCGGGGCACGCAUUAACGCCCGGCCGAUCAGGCCUCUCGUACUCGAUUCCCUAGAUAGUAAGUAAAAAGCUCACCGAAAGCGUUCCUGCCUUACCGAUGGCGAGAAAUGUAUCGUCGCCCGAUAACUUCCCCUCGAUGCUAGUUUCUUCGCGAACUACCUCAUUAUUGGUAUACGCCGAGUCGCAAGCUCCCGCAAGCUCUCAGUACCGACCGGGCUCACGGAACGCUUUUUACCAAUCGCUGCACUGGCGGCACGUACAACGUACAGUCGUCCUUGUCAAACGUUUCCCAUGCUACGCCACGCGUUCGUGGCUGAUUUAUUUGCCACUGUUUCACUUGUCCUCUCCGGUAGAAAUACGUACACUUAGACAGUCGUUCAGUUUUCGAGUGAAGCAGCACUACAAACCUCCGCAACGUGGAUGACGAUAAUUUCUCGGACGAGGACCUCGAUUUCCGUCGGUAGAUCGGAACGAAAGCUCAACCUCUCCGACUAACACUUAACACUUACCGAAACGAAGGAACGCGCGCAAUUAUACAUAUACAUAUACCCGCGCGCGUGUAUACAUAUACAUAUUAUAUAUACAUAUACAUAUAUUAUAUAUAUAAACAUAUAUUUUAUUACUUGAAAACGCACUCUGACCCCGACCACGCAUGUGGUUACCGUAAAAUGUAAACUUAAGUAGCGCACCAUUUUCGAGAUGCUUGGACCCUUCCUAAACGACGCGGACGAGCCUCGCGUCGGUGUUUAAGGGUAUCCCUCGUCCCGCUAGUAUCAGCAAAAUUAAAUUUGCACGAGUGAAAAGAGCCGCACCCUUGUAAAAGUACCAUCCUUGCUAGAGCACGUGGGGACGUGCAUCGACGAGCCCAUUCGUACUUUCUACGAUUUUUCGGUGGAAAUUGUUACGAGAAAUGGAGUCGGACGAAUGUAGAUCCUUGAACGAACGUAGAGGCCGCAUCCUUGCUAAAGCAUAUCGGGAAGUGCAUCGACGAUUUGUACUUUCCACGGUUCUUCUCGAGCCCGGAGGAAAUUGCUACAAGAAAGGGCGUCGGACGUAUGCAGAUACUUGAACGAGAGUAGAGGCCGCGUCUUUUCACCGCCGUAAAUAUUUAAUAUACGAGGGAUGCUCGCGAGACGCGUUUUAGGAGGUAACUUUAGAAAAUGCGAAAAGUGGGGCGCCGCUUUCAGUAGAUCUCUGUUCGGUUCGCACGCGAGAUGAAUGGAUAAACGGGGAUGGUAGAGCAAAUGAGAGUGAGAGAGAGUGUCAUAAAACCCGGUAGUAAAGGGGAGUCCGUAUUCGGAUUUCCCGAUGGAUCACGCGAAUGCGUGACCGACCGACCGUAUGCGUGGAACCAGAGUGCGUCCGUGUGUCUGCGCGCUUUCUGCUUCUGACCCAACGCCGGAGAGAGAGUUAAUAGUCGAAUAAGCAGCAGCUCCUUGACUAACGCUAUUCGCGUUCGCGUUCGGACCUCGCUAAAACAAAAAAUGUUCGUUCGAGAUACGAAAGAUCGGGACGCCGCAGAUGAAAUUAGGGUGACUAUCCGUCACUGGAAACGUAGUACAUCGAAUCUACACGAGAGACGUGGGGAGGAUAGUCGGGCGUUCUCUGCGACGGGGAUGUCUACGUCGCGACGUCUGCUCCUGUAAAUAACGAGUAUAACGAUGUAAUAGAAAACGAACAGGACGUUAGUUAGAAAUCGACACGCCGUCUGGUCACCGAAGGGUAGCAAUAAUGACGAAUAAUUGGACCGACAGUGGAGCCGCGGAGGGGUUCGUUCUGAUCAAUGCAACUCCGUCGAGGAUCAUUUAUUCGAGCUUCGUCCAAAUUCUCGCUCCAUGAGCAAAUACGACGAUUGCAAUAAUGUUGAUGAAAUUAAGAGAUAACACGGGACAUCCCCAGGAUCCUAGAUACAACACCUUCUAUCGAGUAACCCUCUAGCGCAAUAGAAAUGUAACGUUCACUGUAUAUACCUAUACAUAAAUAUACAUUAUACGUACAUAUACAUAUGAGUAUACAUAAUACAUAACAUGGAUAUGAAGGAGUACGCGAUACUUAAAUCACUUGAACCUAAACGUUCGACGGUGAUCCUCGAGUAGUCAUCGCUCAUGGAAUAUCGACGUCAUUUAAGUUCCGAAUGAUUUUCUAACGAACGAACGACUGCUCCCGGAUCAGAGAAACCGCUUGAAAGAGAUACUUCAGCAUAAUCGUCGAUACGUAUAGGUAGAAAGCGAUCACGACGAAUGAAGAACUAGAAGAAACGAAUAUUAACGAAAAAUCGUAAGAAUAUGGUGCGGGUGGCGAGCGAUGUGUACGAUAUAGAGAAGAAAUAAAAUGAAAUAUUCACAAGCGGAGGGUGCGUGAGCGUGCGAGUGAACGAGAGCGCGAGUAUACUUGUUAUAAUAUUAUUAUACGGAUGACUAAACGAGUUGCUGAGGCGUUGGUAAAUAAAUGCGAACGGGCCCUCUAGGGCCCGUUAAAUUAUAAA